AUGAUCUCAGGCGACGAAUACAGCCCAGCGGAAUACAAGCGAGUCCUUCGCAAGAUCGACCGCUUCCUCCUCCCCCUGAUGUGGUGUUGUUACGGCGUGCAACAGACAGAUAAAACGUCACUUGGCGUGCAGGCCAUCUUUGGUCUGCCCAAAGAUACAGGUUUGGUCGGACAGCAGUACAGUUGGCUCACGACGAUCUUCUAUCUGACGUAUAUGGUCGGCGAGUUUCCGUCGAACUUCUUGUUGCAGAAGUGGUCCCUGGGGAAGACGUUGAGUAUCUACAUGAUUUGCUGGGGUGUCUGCGUUACAUGCAUCGGAGCAGCACAGAAUUGGACCCAUCUCAUGGUCCUCCGUGGUCUUCAAGGCUUCUUCGAAUGCACCAUCAGUCCAGGCUUCGUGCUGGUCAUCGGAAGCUGGUACAGAACAGAAGAGCACAGUUCUCGCUCGCUGUUCUUCCAGUCGGCGAACGCUGGCUUCGGGAUCAUUGGCAACCUGAGCAUGUACGGCAUAGGAAGCCACACGAAGAAGCAUGGUGGUCUGGCGGCAUGGAGGUCCAUCUCGUUCUUCUUGGGCGCUGUCACUGUCGUGCUGGCGCUCAUAUGCUUCAUUCUGCUGGGCAGCCCGAAGGAGGUACGGUGGUUGAACGCCGAGGAGAGGAAGGUUGCCCAAUCUCGCGUUGUCUCGAACAAAGCUGGAAGAGAUGUGACCGGUAUCAAGUGGAGCUGGCCGCAGGUCGCAGAGGCUUUCAAAGAUCCUCAACUAUGGUUCUGCUUGGUCAAUGCCUUCCUGAGUUCCGUACCGAACGGCGGCCUGACGACGUUCAGUGCGAUCAUCAUGAAAAGCUUCGGCUUCACCGAGCUUCAGGUCCUUCUGCUCGACAUUCCGCGUUCAACGAUUUCCGUCUUAAUAUUUGUCGCUGUCGGCUUCUACACUCGAAGGGUACCCAAUCGGCGCAUGUAUGUUAUGGCCGCUUCGUGUGUCCCAGCUUUCGUCGGUCUGCUCGCCAUGUCGCUACUUCCCAACACCCCUGAAUACCAAUGGACGAAGUAUGCAAUGUAUGUCAUCACGGUACCUUACGUCCUUGGCUUGUUCCUGGCCUGGACAUUGAUUCCCUCUAAUGUCGCCGGACGAACGAAGAAGACAAUCAUCAGUUCCGCCACAUUCAUUGGCUAUUGCGUUGGCAACAUGUCCGGCUCCCAAAUCUUCAAGAGCAAAGACGCUCCACGCUACGUACCAGGCACCAUCGGGGCUUGUGCUUGCUUCGGGAUUCAAUUCGUCCUGGUCAUCGCAUGGCGAUUGUACUAUGUCUGGCAGAACAAGAGACGCGACCGUGCGGCGGCUGCGAGUGGCAUCAGCAAAGAGGAACAGGAGAGGUUGGGGCAGGAGAUGGGCGAGAGGAAUAUGACAGAUCUGGAGAACGUGCAUUUCAGGUAUAGCAUGUAG